AUGUCCGAAUUCGCAAAUAUAGAGAAUCAAAUUGCCGAAUUUUGGCGCUUAGAGGAGGUAAAGAAUUGCAACGUAUACACAUUAGAGGAAAAAAGGUGUAAACAACAGUUCGAGUUAAAUGUAAAGCGUGGUGAAGACGGGCGUUUUACAGUAGGUCUACCUUUUCGUGACAAUGCUCCUAAAUUAGGAAAAUCGUAUGACGUAGCCAUUCGCAGAAUGUUAUCAUUAGAACGACGAUUUCAAACCGAUACCAAGCUCAAGGAAGAAUAUAGCAAAUUUAUGAAAGAGUACUCCGAACUUGGACACAUGGAAAUUACGCAAAACACGAUUCCAGAUGGUAAAGGUUAUUAUUUACCGCACCAUGCAGUUCGCAACGAAAGCAGUACCAGUACUAAACUGCGCGUGGUUUUCGAUGCGUCGGCGAGAACAAGUACCAACGAAAGUCUAAAUGAUGUGCUUCUAAAGGGACCUACCGUACAAGAGGAUUUGGUCUCUAUAAUGACGCGAUUUCGUAUACACAAAUACGUAUUCACAGCUGAUAUAAAAAAAAUGUACCAGCAGAUUUGGGUGUCGGAAAGCCAACGUGAUUUCCAGCGCAUUUUGUGGCGUGAAGACCCGAGCCAGCCACUAAAUGUAUAUCGACUAAAAACUGUUACGUAUGGCAUAGUCACCGCUUCAUACCUGGCAACGGCCUGUUUACAAAAAUUAUCCGAACAAGAGUCGUCAAAAUUUCCCGAAGCCUGUCAGGCCCUAAGUUGUGAUUUCUAUGUAGACGAUUUUCUCGGCGGAGCUAUGUCAAAACAGUCUGCAUUAAGAUUACGCGAUGACCUAAUAACGAUUUUGAGGGGCGCUGGUCUAGAGCUGUGCAAAUGGUCGAGCAACGAUCCCGACUUGUUGCUUGGUGUUGAAGCAGUACCAAGUGCCAACAAUGGCUUAGAUUUGCAGUAUACGGAAAAUGUUACAAAAAUUUUGGGACUUUAUUGGAAUAAAGACAUUGAUGCAUAUCAAUACAAAGUGUUAAUGUACAACAACAAAACGCGACCAACAAAACGCGCGAUAUUGUCCGAGAUCGCCGCAAUUUUCGAUCCGCUUGGUUUAAUAAGCCCCGUAAUAAUUUGUUUUAAAAUCAUAAUGCAAAAAAUAUGGCAAACGCGGGUAGAUUGGGAUGCAACGUUACCAACAGAAAUUGAAGGCGAGUGGCGCAAGUGCCGUGCAAAUUUAAUACAUUUAAACACGUUAAAAAUUACGCGUUCGCUCGUAGUUGAUGGUGACAUUGCGGAUAUACAAUUACAUGGGUUCGCGGACGCAUCACUUACAGCAUAUGGCGCUUGUCUAUAUCUCCGCGUAAAAAACUAUAAUGGUGAGGUCAUAGCUAAUUUAAUUUGCUCGAAAUCACGUGUCGCACCAUUAAAAACAAUUUCAUUGCCACGUCUAGAGCUAUUAGCCGCCGUCCUACUAGUGCGGCUGGCGGCCAAGUACGCGACGAGUUUAUCUAUACCAAUUGAACACAAAUAUUUUUGGUCUGACUCUACCGUCGUUUUAUCUUGGAUAUCGUCGGAAUCGGCAAGAUGGAAAACAUUUGUUGCACACCGCAUUGGCGAAAUACAUGAAACUACUUCGAUUUCGCAGUGGCACCACGUCAGCACCAAGGAUAACCCGGCAGAUAUAGUUUCGCGCGGCUAUUGUCCUACAAAAAUCGGUGAAUCAAAUUUGUGGUGGAGGGGACCUAUGUGGUUGCACAAAGAUGUUUCUGAUUGGCCGAAAGAAAAUAAUAUCUAUAGUAGAGCGGACGAAGUUUUAUUAGAAGCGCGAACGGUAUCUCACGUAAUUACAGACAGGUACGAUUUGUCGAUCAUAGAAAGAUACUCAUCUCUAACGAAACUAAUACGCGUUACUGCAUUUUGCCUACGAUUUAUUAAUAAUGCGUCGAAGAAAGAAAAUUAA